CAUUUAGAGACGUUUUUUUCUAGUAUCUAGUUUUUUUUGUUUGUUUUGUAUUGUUUGUUUUGUAUUGUGUAAAAUCCUCUCUUGUAUAUGUAUUUGAUAAAGAGUCGGAAUUAGGGAUUUCAGAAUGGCGGAAAGUGUCCUGGACAGUCCAGACCUGAAGGAUCUACAGGAAGAAGAACUGUGGGGUCUUAUCAAUGAUAACCGUCAUGCCAUCUGUCUUGGUACACGUCCCUGUGUUCUCAUACCUUACCUUCGGCAGGCACGUGUCCUUACUGACCUGGAUGAGGAUGAGAUUCUCAACUGUCUCACAUUGAUCAACCGCUCCAUGAGGACCAGUCAUAUGCUUGAUUUGUUACGUAUACAGAGUCGUAAUGGAGCUAUGGCUCUGCUUGAAAGUCUGAUGAUUCAUUACCCCACUCUCUACACACAGAUCACUGGCCGCCAGCCCAGCAUUGAGCCUUCGCACUUCAGCGGCCUGAUAAAGUACACCGAGUUGACGGAGUACCUGGUUCAUGCUGUGAGCAGUAUGCAGACAGAGCUACAAGUGACACAACAUGAGUCUGCACGGCUGAGAGCUCAGUGCUGUGAGCUGGAAGGAAAACUGGGACAGGCUGAACAAAAUAAUCAAGAGUUCAUCCAGAUACAAAGAGAGCAUGCACGACUGCACAAUCACCUUGAUGGUUUAAACAGGGAACUGUUGAAACUGAAAGAUGAGAAAUGUGAUCUCUAUGUAAGAUAUACUACAGCUCUUGAGGAGAAGUCUGCAAAUGUUAUACGCAACAGAGACCUGCAACUUGAGAUUUACCAGCUGCAAUGCGACUUAAGGAAGGCACAGAAACAGACAGAAUUCCAGAGGCAGAAUUCUGUAAAAAAUUUAAGUGACACACAGAAGCUGAAAGAUGAGCUCAGUGCUGUACGUGCAAAGUUACUGGAGACUGAGACAUUCUCCCCGGUAAAGCAGGAUAUCCUAGCCCAUGAUUUAAAAGAGAUAGAGACCAGACGUUCAGAACUUGCUGAAGAGGUCAACAGAAUAAAUGAAGAAAAUGAACAACUUCAGCAAGAGAAAGAAGAACUCCUAGAAGAGAAGAACUCUUUGGCUUUGGAGGUGGCAAAGAUGACCGUGGACUGUGAGAUGUAUAAGCACAGGAGCAUGCUGUUUCAGAGUCAGCUUGAAGAUGUGCAGGCAGAGAGAGACAAGGCAUAUCUGUCCCGUGAUGAAGCCCAGGCUCAGAUUGCACGUAGUCUUGCAGAAAAGGACACUUUAAGAAGCCAGCUCAUGGAACUACAAGAGAAACUUUUCACCAUGAAUGCUUGUAGCAGGCAAAGAGAAAGAAGAGAAAAAUCGAGGGAAAGGAAGUUUAGUUGUGAGAGCAGCCCUCCUUCCAGCCCACCACUAAGAAGACAGCCAUGUGACUUAAAAACCAUCCUUCCUGAGUGCUUUAUUUCAUAUGAUGCUUCUGAGUUCAGUGAUGAACAGAUCAGCAGUAUCAUUUCCAAUCAAGUGGAGCCACCCUGCUCUGAAUCUCUCCGUAGACGAGAUUUACACUUUUCAUCCAGAAGUGACACAGAAGACAAUUACAGCAUUCAGGAUCUGGCUGAUGACUGCUUUACAGACGAUGAUUAUGUCGUCAUCGCGAAAGGACAUUGCUUGGAAGAGUCAGUUUCGCCAUCAUCAAUUUCCAGUCCUAUGCGUAAAAGGAGCCAUGCUGACAGUGUCUCGAGAGCAUCUGCUCCACCCUUCCUAAUGCGUUCCAGACCCCAGGCCUUGCGCAUCACUGGUCGCAUACUCACCAUAUUUUUCCAAGGAGAAACGCUAUUGAACCAAAUACAGAUCAUUGGUGGCAAUAAAACUGGUGUGUUUGUACAUCACGUGACUAAAGAAUCUUCUGCUCAUAACACUGGCAUCAGCCCAGGCACUCAGAUACUUCAGCUGAAGUAUGAGCGGAAACGGAGAGCUGUACAAAUGGUUCUGGAAGACACCACUAUGGAGGAGGCUCUCUGGGCCCUAGGGCAAGUCCAAGGACCAUGCCACAUUACUGUGAGACCCAGCCAAGAUGCUUAUGAGAACUUGCUACAACAACUAAAGAACGGUGAAGUGAUGUCGGGUGAUUCGUUCUAUGUACGUGUUAACAUGACAUUGCCGGGGGAUGUAGCAGGAAAUCUGGCUGUCAAAUGUAAUGACAUUAUCCAUAUUACAAACACUUACCAUACUAGUGAUGGCUUCUGGUGGGGCAGUCAUGUGCAUCCUUGUCACCUGGAAGAUCUUAAGAGUGGGGCUCUGCCCAACUACUACAGAGCACAGAGGCUAUUAAUCAGGGCUAUAGAGGAUAUGACCUACUCUCGCAAAACACACAGAAAGGAGAGAACUGCAGCUGAUGAAAAACAGAGAGUGGUGAGGAUUGUCAGCACCAGUCAGCAGAGAAGAAACCCACUGUGGGUCAGUGUGGAAGAUGACAACAGCAAAAGCCAGGACAGUGAUGGCUGUUUGCCCAGCAGAUGUGUGACCCUGAUGCCCUUCACACUGGUCACACCCCGGUUCCCUCCCAUCUGCCGCCCAGUCCUCCUCCUUCCCACAAUCCUUGGCCGUGUCUUGCACAAACGCCUGGCAGAACAGGAAGGUUAUCAGCUCUGUGAGCCAGAACUGCUAAUGACAAGUGAGCAUGGCAUGCAAAUGCAGAAAGGGGAGAUUCUUGAAGAGUGUGACUCAAAAACACACCUUUGCUAUACACUGCAGGGAGUUGAGAAGAUCAUGAAACGGGGUACUCACUGUGUUUUACCUCUUGGUUUGGACUGUGUGUGUCGUCUCCAUCGUGCUGAAAUCUUCCCCAUCAUUGUCUACAUCAUAUCAACAGAGAGAAGUCUCCGCAGAUUGAGACACAAAUUACGGCAGAACAGCGUUACUGAAUCUCAGGUGCUGGAGUGUUUCUGCAGCGAGGAGCCACUUCUAGAUAAACUGCCCUGCCUUUACCGAAGUAUUCCACCAGAAAGCUGGCAUGAUACCGCCACCCUAGUGGACACUCUCAAAAGUGUGGUGACAGAGGAACAGAACAAGAUUGUGUGGGUUGAGUCAGAUCCCUGGUGAGGCAACAAUAGGAGUUUAUGGCAAAAAUGGAGGACUGCUACAGAGCUAAGGUUUUUUCUACUUCAAUGGGCAAUCAAUGGGUACUAGCAUUUUUCUAAAUGUUAUUUUUUGUGUUCAUAAACUCAAAGUUUAAAACAUGAAGAAGAAAUGGUGAGGUAAAUUUUAAUUUGGGAAGGACAAUCCCUUUAACCUCAUAAACCAUGCAUUAUGGUGCAAUAAUCUAACUUUUAAAAGUUUGAGGACAGUAGGAUACUGUAAUGCUUAUAAAUAUUUCUUACAUAUUCAGUAAUGGCAAUUGAUGGAAAUUAAUACUACUGUAGACUUGUAUAUUGUUUUAAAUUUUUAAUUAAUGCUGCUCUUUUAUUCAGCAAGUAAUACUGUCAAAAAUAUUCAGUAGAGCAACUUUUUUCAAUAAUAUUAAUAAUAUGAAUGUAGGGCUGUGACGGUAACGGAUUUUCUGUUACGGCGUUGAUGAAGCAAGAAAUCAUGCGGUAUGUCGGUUAACCGCGCAUAUAUAUGUUUCCUCUAGGAUUUUUUCCAGCUGUGGCGGCAGGCCUUUUUUACACAGAUCUACUAACUACCUGUGGCGUUAUGUCAAUGACAAAUGUCGUGAGUGCAGUAUUAGAAGCCGAGAUCCCAUUUAUAUAAUAGCCUACAGCAUGCGGAUCUCUGCUUUUUUUUCUGCUCGUGCACAAAACUUCUUGCCUCCCCCUCAAAUAUAAGCCGCUUUAAGAGCGCGCAGAUCUUCUUGUGCCCUCUCAAAUAAGCGCUGCUGAAGUGCGAUUUAGUGCGUUAAUGUAACGAGUAUGUCUCCAGCAUUUAUUAGAUUUUCUAGGAAUAAUUAUGAAUUCCUCCGCUAUUAAUGCGUCCUGAAAUAAAGUAAAACGGCGUCGUGUUUGCUGGCCUCACGCAUCAUGCACCUGUCACAGUCAGCCAGUCAGUCAGUCAGCACGUAACCUUAAAGGGUUAAACAAAGACGCACAGCAUUACUACUGUUACAGAAAAGUUCGCGCUGUUAUAACUCACUUACCCUUUAAUACACUUUGGUGCGAUUAUCACCCGCUAUUAAAAUAAUAAAAUGUUUUGAAUGAGCAGCUGUAAUGUAGCCGUGGCGGGAUGAAUCCUGGCCUGGCGCCCCGCCAUGGAAGAAUGAAUGUAGCGGAAACCAUACAUAUAUAUAAAAUCGCUCAACAGAAAAUAAGCAUUUUUCACGCACUGUUGUAAUUUCUAUAUCCCAAUCCUUUUAUCAACAUUUUGAAUACAAGUCAAUAUUUUAAAGAUUAUAACUUGAGAUUGAGAAUAUGAUUUUACAUCAGCGCUGCAUUUUUCUCCUUCGCCCUCGCGCUGAGUUCAGGUGACGGAGUGUUGUGAAGUAGUUAAACUCUCCUCAGUUUAAUUUACAGUGUCAACCUGGCACAGGAAUAUCAGUAUAUUAAUAUAGGAUUUUUAAUAAACUCUCUUAUAUCUGCUGGUGCUGCUAUUAAUAUGCAGAUGGUUAUGCUGGUGCAGCCGUUAAUACACGGUUCAGGUAAUCAAAAAGCCAGCUCGCCUACAUGAUGUUUAAUUAUGGGUGGGUCGCAGGUGGAGAAGUUCUAUCAUUGGUUAUGAAGACCACUUUGCCUAAAAUAUCAAAAAGUUUAAACGCUUUGAUUAAAUAUAGCGAAACUGACCGAUCAAUGGAUGUUUGUCAUAAAGAGUGAUAUUAUAGGCUGCUCUUUUAAUUUUGAUCAUACAGUUAACAAAGACUCAAUAUUCCAAACUGAAUAUUUCACUUUUAUUUUACUUAUAUUACAGUUGUAUUUGACCGGUUUGUGUUUUGGCCGCGGCAUAUAGCGGACCCUGAGGCACAUCGCUUCACCUCAAAGUUUAUUAGUUAUUUUUGUUUAUUUUGUAAACUGACCGACAAAAACUAAGAUACAAAUUGUACAAAACAAAAUUCGUUCAAAGAAUAUUUUUCUUCCGACGAAAAUAUAUGAAUUGUGUAUUUUUGUGCAUCCCCAUCCGCUACACAACUGUGCAAUUAAUGCUUUAAUUAAAUAAACUAUUUAAUUUAAUAAACUGCUUUAAUUAAUGCUCCACUGUAAUUGCUCCUACACAAACCCCUGUGAUAUAUUAGCUACAUGUUUUUAUAAAUGUCUUUACACAAAAUUAUUAUAUGCUAUAAAUAAGUCAAAAUAUAUGCGAUUGUUGACUCAUCACCGUGGUCGCAGCUCGCGCUUCUGUAUAGCUUCUGUAAAAAAAGACCUACAUUUAACCAGCUUUUUAGCAAAGCCUAUAUUAAUAUACUGAUAUUCCUGUGCCAGUUUGACACUGUACAUUGAACUGAGGAGAG